GUGCAGUCAGGAGAAACCCUUGAGCAUUGCUGAGUGUGGCCCAAAACAACAAAAGAUUCUGAUUACUGGGACCAGAGUGAUAAGUACAGUGCGUAAGGCCUGCCUUACAUGUGGCUGACUGGGGUUCAAUCCCAUAUGGUUCCCUAAGCCUGCCUGGAGUGAUUCCUGAGCACAGAGCCAAGAGUAAGCCAUGAGCACCGUCAAAGUUCGCUCCCAGGACCCUGGGCAGCGGCGGGUGCUGGACCGCGCAGCCCGGCAGCGCCGCAUCAACCGGCAGCUCGAAGCCUUGGAAAACGACAACUUUCAGGAUGACCCGCAUGCCGGCUUCCCACAGCUUGGCAAGAGGCUGCCACAGUUCGACGACGAUGCGGACACAGGAAAGAAAAAGAAGAAAACUCGAGGGGACCAUUUCAAGCUGCGGUUUCGCAAAAAUUUCCAGGCAUUGCUGGAGGAGCAGAACCUGAGCGUGGCCGAGGGCCCCAACUACUUGACCGCCUGCGCUGGCCCCCCUGCCCGACCCCAGCGCCCCUUCUGUGCCGUCUGCGGCUUCCCCUCGCCCUACACGUGCGUCAGCUGUGGCGCCCGCUACUGCACUGUGCGCUGCCUGGGCACCCACCAGGAAACACGGUGCCUCAAGUGGACCGUGUGACCCCCAGUGAUGGCCCCAAAAGGUCAGGCUCCUCAGGACCCAGAGAACAACUGCCCCCCUCAGCCUGUGGGAACCUGCAUGUGCACUUGUAAUAAUAAAAGUUUUGUCAUGGAA